AUGAAGCAUAGCUCUAUCCCUUCUACAGCUACCCAUGGCCCUUAUCAAGGCGCAGAGCGACAUGGGGAUGCUGCAAAACAUAAUUUCAAGCCUUCACUGUCUAAUUUGGCAGCUGCAGAGGAGUAUGAACUCUUAGAGGACGCAGACAUCUCGCAGUGGCCUCGCCACCAUACGAACACUGAACGCCCAAAGUACCGUGACGGCAGCACCAUAGACUGGUGGCACGAAGAUUAUAAUGAGAGGGAGAGGUGGAAGGAGAUCAGGUCAAGACCGGGGCUUGGAGGCGUGUUUGGACCGCUAGUGGAAGCGAGUAAGAUGUGGUUCGUCGUGGUAUGCACAGGCAUCGGUGUGGGGAUAGCUGGCGGCUGGUUAGAUGUCCUGGUCAAGUGGCUUGGUGACUUGAAGGAGGGAAGGUGCACGUACGGCUUCUUCUACAAUUCAGUCGCAUGUUGUAGCGGCCUGGAUCCCGGCGAAGUCUGCAGUGAAUGGAAAUCUUGGAGCACAUAUCUCGGCGUACAAACUAUCUUGGGCCAGUCACUAUUGCAGUCGUUCAUCUACAUCGCACUUUCGGUAGCUUUCGCAAGCAGUGCGGCCCUCCUUGUGGUAACAUAUGCGCCAUAUGCUUUCCACACCGGCAUCCCAGAGAUCAAAGCUAUUCUCGGUGGUUAUGUACUUGACCGCUUCCUAAGUGCGUGGACACUUCUCAUCAAGGCGCUAGGUCUUGCACUCUCCGUCGCUUCCGGCCUUUCUCUGGGAAAAGAGGGUCCUCUAGUUCAUGUUUCGUGUUGCAUGGCCUUUCUUCUCUCCCGAUUAUUCAAACAAUUCCGGAAGAACGAAGCUCAGAAACGCAAACUCCUCGCAGCAGCAGCUGCUGCUGGUGUCUCCGUCGCCUUUGGUAGUCCACUUGGUGGUGUCCUAUUUGGGCUUGAAGAAUUAGACACAUUCGCAAAUGAAAGCGACGUAAUCUGGCGCGGUUUCGUCACGUCGGUCAUCGCGGCAGUAGCACUUCAAUAUGUCGACCCAUUCGGCACGUCGAAGCUCGUUCUGUUCCAAGUUACGAGCGGAAGCGAUACGUGGCUUGCGUUCGAACUGAUACCAUGGCUAUUUCUUGCAGCGCUCGGCGGUCUCCUUGGGUCGUUGUUGAUCAGGCUGAAUGUUGCGGCUGCGAUAUACAGGCGCAACAGCAUCUUGCACCAGAUGCCGAUCUUGGAGGUCGUGGGUGCCACAGCAAUAACCGCGGCUGUCAGUUACCUGGUGGUGUUUCUCAGGGUGCAAUCGUCAGAACUGGUUGCGCAGCUGUUCCAAGAAUGUGAUCCCGCGCGAGGUGAUUUCCACGGCUUAUGCAACCCAUCAGCAUUGUGGGAAAACAUCUUCCUACUGGUGUUGACGGCAGUGGCAAAGAUUGGUUUUACAGCUUGGACUUUCGGUAUGAUGGUCCCGGCUGGUAUCUUCUUGCCCACCAUUGCCAUUGGAGCGUCCCUCGGAAGAGCAGUGGGCCUCAUCACGCAAGGCUUACAACGCACGUACCCGAAGGCAUGGAUCUUUUCUGCCUGCCCGCCCGAUCCUUCCGUUCGUUGCGUGUCGCCAGGUUUCUACGCCGUCAUUGGAGCCUCUGCAAUGCUGGGUGGCGUCACUCGAAUGACCAUUUCGCUCGUCGUCAUUCUCUUCGAACUUACUGGCGCGCUUUCACACGUCCUGCCUAUCAUGAUAUCUGUCAUGGUUGCUAAAUGGGUCGGUGAUGCGUUUGGUGAGGAGGGUAUCUAUGGAAUAUGGAUUGCUAUGAGACGAUACCCUUGGCUUGCACCCGUCGAGUAUAAGGAUAAAGGGGAGGUGGCAGGAGAGGUCAUGAUCCCUGUGGACAAUCUAGUGGUAGUGAGAAGUGGGGUAGAUAAGCUAGGCCAUCUCGCGUCCUUGGUGAAAACUUGGGAGUAUGACGGAUUCCCCGUGAUCGGAGGUGACAAACUGCUCGGCUUCAUUGGAAGAGAGAAAUUGGUGGCCUUCAUCGAGCCUCUACUAUCCGACCCAAGUUCCGCGAACAAAAUAUGUAUCCUCACCCGUCGAUCUGCCGCGGCCUCCAGCACCAACACCCUUGAUCUCUCCUCCCUCGUUGAGGACGUCCUUCAACUACGAAGAGAAGUUCCCCUAGAACUAGUCGUCAAUAUGUUUCGCAAACUCAAUCUGCGACAUGUGAUGUUUACGCAGGCUGGGACGUUGACGGGCAUGAUAUGCAAGACGGACGUGGUGGCGUUGUCGAGAGAACAUCUUCAGCAUUCGGCGGCACUGGUGAAUCCGCUGGAAGAAUGAGCUGUUCUUGAAUCUUCCGUUAUAUAUCU